CUGGCCACAGGGGACGGAUUCCUCACGUCACCGAGCCCAUCUGAGGGUUGGGGUGGAGGGUGUUUGCUUGACGGAUUUUUGUAAACCCCCACCUCCCGGCGGAGCGGAGACCAUGGCCCCUCAGGGCUCCCGGGCCCCGCUGGAAUUCGGGGGACCCUUGGGCGCUGCGGCGCUGAUGCUGCUGCUCCCCGCCACCAUGUUCCAUCUGCUCCUGGUGGCGCGCUCCGGGCCGGCGCGCCUCCUGGGCCUGCCCCCCCACCUGCCGGCGCCCGCGGCGCUGUGGAGCCCGGGGGCGCUGCUGCUGUGGCUCACCUGGCUGGGCCUGCAGGCGGCCUUCUACCUGCUGCCGGCGCGCAAGAUGGCCGAGGGCCAGGAACUGAAGGACCAGAGUCGCCUGCGCUACCCCAUUAACGGCUUCCAGGCCCUGGUGCUGACAGCCCUGCUGGUGGGCCUGGGGGUGUGGGCCGGGCUGCCCCUGGGAAUGCUCACGGAAAUGCUCCUGCCCUUGGCGUGGGUGGCCACCCUCACGGCCUUCAUCUUCAGCCUCCUCCUCUAUCUGAAGGCGCUAAUGGCCCCUGCCUCCGCCCUGGCACCCGGAGGGAACUCAGGCAAUCCCGUUUACGACUUUUUCUUGGGACGGGAGCUCAACCCGCGCUUCGGUUCCUUUGACUGCAAAUACUUCUGCGAACUGCGGCCUGGCCUCAUCGGCUGGGUCCUCAUCAACCUGGCUCUGCUGGCACAGGAGGCAGAACUUCGGGGGCGUCCCUCCCUGGCCAUGUGGCUGGUCAACGGCUUCCAGCUGCUCUAUGUGGGUGAUGCCCUCUGGCACGAGGAAGCUGUACUCACCACCAUGGACAUCACACACGACGGGUUUGGCUUCAUGCUGGCCUUUGGGGACCUAGCCUGGGUACCCUUCACCUACAGCCUGCAGGCCCAGUUCCUGCUGUACCACCCACAGCCCCUGGAGUUGCCCACGGCCUCAGUCAUCUGCCUCGUCAAUGCUGUUGGUUACUACAUCUUCCGUGGAGCCAAUUCCCAGAAAAACACCUUCCGAAAGAACCCUUCUGACCCCAGAGUGGCCGGCCUUGAGACCAUCUCUACAGCCACGGGGAGGCAGCUGCUAGUGUCUGGGUGGUGGGGUAUGGUCCGCCAUCCCAACUAUCUGGGAGACCUCAUUAUGGCUCUGGCCUGGUCCUUGCCCUGUGGGGUGUCCCACCUGCUGCCUUACUUCUACCUCCUCUACUUCACUGCGCUGCUGGUGCACCGUGAGGCCCGGGACGAGCAGCAGUGCCUGCAAAAGUACGGCCUGGCCUGGCGUGAAUAUUGCCGGCGUGUGCCCUACCGAAUUGUGCCUUACAUCUACUGAAGUGGCUCCACCCACCCAAGGUCGAAGCCCGUACCCACCCAUCUGCCAGCACUCCCUGCAGCAGGAGCCUGGACGUCUAGGACUCAAAAGCCUGCGCUCAGUCCUGCCGAGCUCCAACAGGCAGGGCUGACAGCCUCAGAGCAGGGAGAAAAUGAAGGCAGUACCCAAAAUCGGAGUGGACGUUGCUCUUCCUUCUUGGAUAAACAUCUGGAACCCUUGGUA